CUAACGGGGACUUUUCUCCAGCAUCAUCUGGGACCCCCACGAUUGGGGUGUUUGUCACACACCAGCCGGGGUCUCCUCCCCCAACAGGCACUGUCCCAGUUCCUGACCCUGCUUGUGUAGGAGUCGUGGGUGAUUUGGACUACCCCCCAUUCAGGUCUGAGUACUGCAGCAGGUGUGCGUGGGGCAGGGAGGUCCCUGGCAAACUGGCUCUCUCUCCCCUAACCCCACUCCUGGUGGGUGCAGGAUGAGGCCCAGGAGUUCAUGUUCCUGCAUGCCAUCCACCCUGCGUGUCUCGCUGCACAGCAGAGAGAGCAGGACACAUUGAAGCCGCACUGCUGCCAGACGGCUGUUGUAGAGAUUAUUGUGGUGAGUGAUACAAGGUGCCCAGCCGCUGGAGGGAGGACAGAGAUAUGGGAGGGGCAGGGGUCACCCCAGCCUAAUGGAUGGGACAUGGUUGGUUCUGGAGGGGCAACUGAGGCCAGGGAUUGCUGGGCCUGAAGACUGGGGAGAAGAGAUGGGAGAAAUUCUGAGAUCACUACUGCAUAGGAAUCGGAGGAGCAGGAGGCAGGUGGGGGGAUCUUGCUAGCUGUGUGGGGUGCUGGCUGUGUCAUCUCCUCACUGAGAAGCGUUAGUCAGGCCCAAAUCUCAUGCUCCUUUCUCUCCUCUGGGUCUCACAGGAGCUCAUUGAGGAGCUGCCCGAUAUCUCUCCACCGAGCGCCAUCCUUGCUAACUCCCUGAUUUCUGUGGGCAACCUCAGCACCAUGACAGCUGCCCUGGAGCCAGAGCUAGAGACCCACCUCCUUCGAGCUGCCCUGCAUGCCGUCUUCACCUUGGGCAUGGAGAAGGACACCACCCAAGUCCAGGAUCUGCAUAGGGUCUUGCCAAACCUCAUGGAUGCCAUGCUGGGGAACCUGCUGGUAGAGUCCCCAGACAGCGACAGGCUCCACGACAUCUUGGAGCCCAUGAACUACUGGAUCAUGUCCAGGGUGUCGCAGGAGAGAGCCAGGGCUAUUAGGAGCAGCACGGCCCUCCUCAGAUUCACCAUCACCCUCCCUGAGUUAGAUAACGCAGCAGAAUUCCCCAGGAUGGGUCACCAUGUGGCAGAGCUGGCUCUGUUCAUCAGUGACCCAGCCAAGGACAUGAGCCGGCAGGCCAGGAGGGAGUUUACCGGCUCUACCAGAUGCUGCUGUACCAGAGGGGCACGCAGCGAGGACUCUGCCCACUGUGCAGCCACCAAUGGGAUUGGAAGGACACAAGCACUGCAACCAGAAUGACAAAUGUGGGUGUGUGUCUCUUUCCCGGGGCUGACCAUCCAUGAGGCUGAAGACCUGUGGUGCUGGGACUGGCACCAGGACAGCAGGCUUCUGGGCUACAGGAACACAGCCAGGGUCGGGGAGCUUCUCUUUAACUCCUUGGAAGGCGACUUUAGACGACGCUUCGUGCAGCAGGCAUUCUUUUUGCCCUGUGUUGUCUGGGCUUUUCUUUUGCUGGGUUCGGGAGGAGCGUUGGUGAGAAUCCACUCUGCUGGCUGCAGAACGCUGCAUUGUAACCAAAAGUAUAUUAUUUUGGGUCCUGAUUUUGUUCUGCUCCCGGAAGGUGAUGUUUGGAAGUUUUUGAUGGAGCAUGAAACAAAGUGAGAGUCAGUACUGGUAAAAGUCCCCAAAAGACGACUUGAGCCUACCUUGCAUCAGCCAGAUCCAGCCUCUUAAUUUCUUUGAUUUUACUUUGAAUCAAUACCAAUGUUACUCACACACCUGCAUAGGGUGUGCAUGUGUGAAUCCUCCAAGGGCAGAAAUGAGAUGGAGUGUACUUGAGACUUUAUGAGUGAUAUCGACCCAUUCCAUAAAGUUGGAAAUCAUGGCCUUGUGGCCAGACAGAAAACAAAGUGGGUUAUUCUUUCUUCCUCCCCCCAUGGCAAUAUAAUGAAAAUAUCCUCUAUUUCAUUCCAUUGGAAGACACUUCCAGACCUGCAGUGUCAAGCCUGCUGCCUGGGACUGCGGGUGCUACAAGUGGCCAGCAGUGGGCCAGAAUGAGGAGAACCAUGCAGUAGCUUUUGGAGAUAGGGGCAGUGAGGAACAAGGAGCACCUUGCUUUCAAAAGAGCCAAGGAGGAAAGGGAUCAUGAGAACAGCCCUCGAGGUUAAGAAAUGGCGGGGAGAGCCUCUUCCCUCCAUGGGACAUUCCAUUGUCCCUCUGUGGGCAGUCUAUGUUUCUAUUGGCUCCUUCCGGUUAUGCAUUCGUGAUACAAAGUCACUGGGUGACCUAGGAGUUAACUCAUUUCCCCCUUACGGCAUCAGUCUUCUCCCCUAUCAAAUCUACCCUGGGGAAGAAGACCAGGAGCCCUGACAAUCACCUUCACCUGUGGGUGUCUGGCCCUGGAAGCCUAACCCAAGAGGACUAUCUGCCCCGUCACCUGAACGACCAAGUCGUUCCCUCCUAGGGUCUUGUCCUAAGUGCUCAGCCUGUCCCCUACCCGACUUGUCCCUGACCUUGCAAGGACUAUCCAAGCCCCUCCCAUGCCUGUGCCCCUUGGGGUCUCUCUCCUGGCUGAGCACAGGCUGCCCUUAUAUCUCUCAGGGGGCCUGGGUCCGAGUCAUAUGCUGCUUCUUGUCACGUGACCCCAAAAAUUAUUCCCUUUACCCAAGGGAGCUGCAUAACCUGGGCUAGGUGCAGUUGAGCUCCAACCCCUUUCCUGGCCAUGUCUCCCUGGGUCAGGUUGAAACUGGAAACCUGUGGGCUAACAGUAACUUCUUCCUCUCAAAGUUACUGACGACACAAUGGAAGGGGAAAUCCUUUGGCUUGUAUAACUCAGGCCCUAGAAUGUCACCAAGUGGUUCCUUCCGCCAACCAUAACAUGGGACUGAGCAAGACCACGUCUUUUGGAAUGACAUCCACGUGCAUUAGAGCCAGCUGGCUAACAGAAAAUCUUUCUUGUGCAGUGACGUGGGGUUAAGGGACAUGGAGGAAAAGACAAGGAGGCUGUGACCAAAGUUAGAGUAGCGAGGCCAGGAUAAGCGGGGCUAGGUCCCAGGACUGGCUAUCAGAAGACCUGCCGUUUUCUAUUCCUGCUUUUGGGCUUAUGAGUGAGUCUCUUCACUGCUGGGUGCCUCGGUUUCCCCAACUAUCAAAUAGAGCUAAUCAAGGUUUUGUUGGUUCUCCCCAUUUUAGAGGGUGGGAAACCGAGAGACCGUUGGGACCUGUCUACACUACAGGCCUGUAGUGCAUUUGUAAGCUGCUGACCCACACAUGUUUUUCAGAGCCAAUGGACAACACAGGUCUUAAAGGUGUGUUUGUUCUGUGCUUCUCCCCUAUGUACCAGCAGAGCUGGACGGCCUUUUCUCACUGUGCUGUGGGGAGCAGGUCCUGGGUACUAAGGCUCUGAAGAAGCUCUCAAGGACUAAUUUUUUAAAAUAAUUUUUAUCAGUGAUUUGGGAGCAAACAUACAAUCCCUGCUGAGAAGACUGGUGGGUGACAAAAUACUGGCAGAGUGGUAAUUACUGAUGAGGAGAGGGCAAUGAUACAGAGGGAUCUGGCUCAUUUGGUAAACUAGACCCAUACAAAGCAAAGAAAUUUGAGCAGAGCCAAAUGCAAGGUCCUAUAGCUAGCAACAAGGCAUGCCGGUCACACCUCCAGAAUGGGGAAGUGUGUCCAGGAAAGCAGUGACUCUGAAAGGGUUUUCGGGGCCAUAGUGGAGAAGCCCGUCAACAUGAGCUUCCAGUGUGAUGCUGUGGUGAACAGGCUAAAGGCAUCAUUAGACGUAGGAGCAGAGCCGUGAGCAGGAUAGGGAGGUGACAAAGCAUCAGUAAGCCCUGGUCUACACUAGGAGUUGAGAUCGAAUUUAGCAGCGUUAAAUCGAUUUAACCCUGCACCUGUCCACACGACGAAGCCCUUUUUUUCGACUUAAAGGGCUCUUAAAAUCGA